CACUGAUAGGUGGCACUGACUGGCACUGAUGGGUGACACUGAAAGGCAGCUCAGAUGGGCACUGAUAUGUGGCAUUGAUGUGCACUGGUAGCACUGAUAAGUGGCAUUGAUGUGCACUGGUAGGCACUGAUAUGUGGCAUUGAUGUGGCACUGGCACGAGGCACUGAUGAGCACUGACACAAUGGACACUGACAGGUGGCACUUCUGGGGUUACACUGAUCAUCAGGGCACACUGAUCAUCAGUGCCCUGAUGAUCACUGUCAGCGUGACAACUCGAGAGGAGAGAAAUGCCGAUAACCGGCAUUUCCCUGUUACAUGUGAUCAGCUGUGAUUGGA